UGCUGGAACGGAACGUCAGCGGCGGGCUGUCUUGAAGGAGCUGACAGAACUGGGAGCAGGCAAUCCGCUUACUGAGCGUUCGAAUUAAACGUUCGCUGCAUUUCUCUUCUUGUCCGUCACGUAACGUUUGGUUAGUGGGCGUCUAGUUUUAAACGAGAAGACCUAGAGCACUCUCUGUUGUUUGUUGAGAAGAUCUAACAGUUAGAAAAAAAAUCUGGAAAUUAUUUGACCCGAGGACAUAUUUGGUGAAUCGAAAGGCAGAUUCCAGCUGAAAUGUCUGUUACAUUUGGGACUCAGUUGCACUUGCUUUUUAUAAUUCUAGCCAUCGAUGCUUCAGUGACGAAUAUACAUGGCCAAGAGUUGAGCACACAGGUCAGCCACAGAGGAGGGGACUCCGAGGGCGAAAGAGAGCUCAGCCUGGACACGGGCGGCGGUGGUGGGCCGAUCGUCACAACGCAGUCUCCGCUGAGCGACCCUGCGCGGCAGCCGCGCCUGAAGGACCUACUGUUCCAUGAGUCGCUGCUCACCAAAGACUUCAGCGGAGACCAGCACUUCUUUGAGCAGCCGCCGGCCACCCCACCCUCCUCCUCGGCCCCUCGGUCCAACAGCGGUGACCCCUCCUCGUCUCACCACGUGCCCCACGAGGAUGCGCCCGCCUUUUCCGACAUCGCCACCACCAUCACCGUAGCCGCCACGACGCCUAUGACGACGGUCACCACGGCAGCAAGCAUCUCAGGGAGCCUGGUGUCCGUGGCGCGGAAGGGGACCACCAAAGGUGUGGACAGGACGGCCGAAAAGUCACCGCCGCCAACGACUCAGGCCUUGACAACACCUGUCAUUCAAACCACCUCCUCGCCAAUCAGUGUCCAGGGACACACUCAUUCGCCUUCAGUGGGGGCAGGACUCUCUGGUCCUAAACCAAUCAGCACAGAGAGCACGCUGGCGCCUCCAGCCCUGACAACCUUGAUCACACGGGACAAGUUCCGGGAUAAUGAGUCGGAGACAGCAAACGCUACAGGCAGCUCGAGUGCUGUCACAACAGUGAAAUCUCAGCCAUCAGCCAACGCAGAUGAGAAGACAACCACCAGCACCAUCACUACAACUGUCAUCACCACCAUACAGUCAUCAGCCCCAUGUACUAUGAACUUCACCGAUCCUGAAGGUUACAUUGAGAUGCCGCCACAGGACUCAGCCGGCUUUGACUCCACCAACGACUGCACGUACCUCAUCACUGUGUAUCUCGGCCACGGCAUCGAAAUACAGGUGCUGAACGUGAGCCUGCUGGAGGGAGCACAGGUGACGGUGGAGGACCUGGGGGUCCUGGAGCCAUCGGCCCUGGCCAACACAUCCGCGCUCAAGACGGGCCUGGUGCUCCGCAGCUCCAGCAAUCAGAUCUCCAUCCGCCUGAGCAGCGAACAGAGGCAGCACCCCAGGUCCAUCACGCUGCGAUACCAAGCCUUCGUUCUGAGCUGUGGCCUUCCAAAGAGGCCCGCCAAUGGUGAGGUGACUGUCAGCAGUCUCAGUGUUGGAGGGGAGGCCUUCUUCUUCUGUCUGACUGGCUACCAGCUCCAGGGCUUCUCCUCGCUCACCUGCCGCAACGCCACCACCCCCUACUGGACUGGCAGAGAACCCAAAUGCCAAGCCUCAUGUGGUGGGAUGAUUAAAAAUGCCACUCUGGGUCGCCUGGUCUCGCCAGGGUUUCCAGGUAACUACAGCAACAACCUGACGUGCCACUGGGUUCUGGAGGCCCCUGAGGGCCACAGGCUCCACGUGCACUUUGAAAAGGUGGCCCUCGCAGAGGACGACGACAGGCUCCUUAUAAAAAACGGGAACAACAUCGACUCCCCGGUGGUAUACGACUCCUACGAGGUGGAGUACCUGCCCAGUGAGGGCGUCCUGAGCUCAGACCGACACCUGUUCGUGGAGUUCACCACAGACGCUACCGGGACCUGCACUGGAGCGGCCAUCAGAUAUGAAGCUUUUCCACAUGGCUUUUGCUACGAGCCGUUUGUGAAGUACGGGAACUUCUCCAGCAGCGACGCGUCCUUCGGGGUGGGGGCAGUUGUGGAGUUCUCCUGUGACUCUGGCUACACCCUGGAGCAAGGCUCCGUCACCAUCGAGUGUGUGGACGCAGAGAACCCACAGUGGAACGACACUGAGCCAGGAUGCAGAGCUGUCUGCAGUGGAGAGAUCACAGACUCAGCUGGGGUUGUGCUCUCUCCGAACUGGCCCGAGGCCUAUGACAAGGGGCAGGACUGCAUCUGGGGCAUCCACGUGGAGGAGGACAAGAGGAUCAUGCUGGACAUCCAAGUUCUCCAUCUUGGUAAAAAUGACAUGCUGACGUUCUACGAUGGAGACGACCUGACAGCCAACAUCCUGGGUCAGUACAGCGGGGCGCUGCCGCGCUUCAAGCUCUACACCUCCAUGGCUGAUGUCACCAUCCAGUUCCAGUCUGACCCAGCCACCAACAUCUACGGAUACAACAACGGCUUUGUGGUACAUUUCUUUGAGGUGCCCCGUAACGAUACGUGCUCAGAGCUGCCUGAGAUCAUGAAUGGCUGGAAGAGCACGUCGCACCCUGACCUCAUCCAUGGCACUGUGGUAACGUACCAGUGUUACCCUGGCUACCAGCUGCAGGGCUCCGAGGUGCUCAUGUGCCAGUGGGACCUCACCUGGAGUGGAGAUGUGCCCAUCUGUGAGAAAGUGAUGGUGUGCCCUGACCCCGGCAUUGUGGAACACAGUCACCGGGUGAUCACCGGCUCUCGCUUCGUGGUGGGCUCCACCGUCCAGUACACCUGCAACAAAGGCUACUACCUGUCCGGGACUGGCCUGAUCACCUGCUACAGCCGAGACGUGGCAGAGCCCAAAUGGAGUGAGCGGCUGCCGAAGUGUGUCCCGGAUAAGUAUGAGCCGUGCAGAAACCCGGGCGCCCCCUCGACUGGACUCCAGAACCCAGAGAAAGCCUUCUACCAGGCCGGAGAGACCCUCAGCUUCUCCUGCAGGACCGGACAGGAGCUCCAGGGAGAGUCCAUCCUCCGCUGCGUGCCUGGACACCCCUCCCAGUGGAGUGGCACGCCCCCUGCCUGCAGAGCCUCCUCCUCAGAUUAUAUGAAUGAGCGGCGGCUAGAUGUUGACAGCUCUGACUCAGACACAGGCCCAGGCACCAACAUAGCCAUUGCAGUCAUGGUUCCAGUAGCAGUUGUUUUGUCAGUGAUCCUUGUGAUAUACAUCUACUUCUCAAAACUGCAAGGGAAACCUCUGCAGAUGCCCACCUCCUCACUGCCCCCCUACGACAACAUGACGGAGGAAUCGGCCUUCAGCAAUCCCAUUUACGAGACCGGAAGGAACCACGAGGUGAGGUCUCUCAUAGAGCCUGAAUGUCAGCACUAAGUCAUAUCACAACACCAACAAGCCACCAUCUGUCCAGCAUUUGUGUUGACUCCUUGCAACAGUUUUUUUUGUGUCGCUUUGUGUCGACCUUUGAAAACUCUGCAUCUGCAUUGUGUAUGGUCAGCAGCAUGAAAACACACACACACACACACACACACACACACACACAGACAAUAUGGGGGCUCAACAACCCAUAUUGUCAGCAGACGUCAAUCAAGACAUGUGAAUGUAUACAAUAGUAUACAGCAGUUCAUCAUCUUGUCUGUGUCAGAUUAGCAUUUGUUCUCUCAGUGUUUUGUUAAGUGUCUGUUUUUACAUGUGUCGUAACACUGUCUCUUUGUUUUCUUUUUGUCUCACUAUGUUUUGUAAGCGUGUGCAGGUAAACUGUGCAUCAUAAUUAGGGUUUGCUGUCUAUCUUAUUCAGUAUUGUCUCAUAUUAAAUAAUGAAGAAUUAAGACAACCACUGUUCAAGGAGUUGAAGUAGUUUCUUUUAUCUCUGAUUUUUGAUGAGGUGACAUUUCAUGAAUACAUGUUUUACAUUGCAAUCGGACCUUGUUUUUGCUAUAUUGUUGCUAUUGUAUAAUUUAUGAAGGUCAUUAUAUUAUAGUUUAACUAAGGCAAUAUAAAAUCACUUCCCUGUCUGAUUCCUGAGCUCUUAAAUGAUCUUACUGGUAAUGUUUUUUUGACUUCCACAGGAAAGAAGACAAUAUGAGGUGUCCAUUUAGAGAAAGAAUGUUCAGGCAGGGAAGGUACUGUGCGCGCACAUACAAACAAGGUCUUGACCUUGAGACCCCGAUGCCCUGUUCCCCUGCCUUUUCGUACUCUCCACCCCCCCCCCCCCCCCCCCCCCCGGAUCGUGUAAAUAUGUUGUCUCCAAAGGACCUAUACGAGCCAGCUCUGUACAGACCAGACUGUGAGCAACAUGGUAUUAUUUUUGUAAAGGUUCACUGACAAUGGCUUAUCCUCAUUGUGUUGUCCCUUUUUGCCGUUUCUGCAAGAGACCCCCAACAUUUUAAAAUUACACAAUUAUGAAGACUUCCAAUUAUCCUUUUGUUACUUCAGGCGCUAUGGUUCAGCUGAAACCUGCUGCUGGAUGUCUGUUAACUCAUUUGCAGUGGUUCCACAGGACCAUUGUAUACAUAUCGCAACUAAGUCUGUAUUUCACAAAAAAGCCAUUAUACAGAAUAUCUGCAUGGGGUUUUGUCUUUCCUAAGCAUUUUGUGAAUAAACUCAAUCUCCAAAAGGAAAUGUGUCUGGUGUUCUCACUACAAUUUCCAAACAGAGUUAUUGGAAUACAUGUGCAUUUGAACAAUUUUGUCCACAUUGUUAAUUUGUACACGUUUUACACUGUGUACACGGAUGGCCAAGGAUUAUUUUUGUCAGAGGGUACUAAUCAUGUUAGGGCCUACAGGGACUAAAACAGUUGUGUUAUCUCACCACAGCCAUGCUGUAUAGAGAUGUC